AUGAUUACUUUUAAUCAUAAAAAUAUAAUCAAGCAAGGUACUCAAGUUCAAAAAAGUGAGAGUAUGAACAUUAAUAAAAUCUAUGUUAGAUUCAAAAAAAUUUGUAGGAAUAUGGCAUUCUGUAGUUAUUGACCAUCGAUGA